AUAUUUGGAAAUAGUUAAUUAAAAUAAAUAAAUAUAAAAUUAUAUUAAGAAUAUUGAAGGAUGAGCUCUAGCAGUGAUGUGAAUAGUCAAAAUGUAUUGCAGUUUUCACCUCUUCAAUCAUUUGUGAAUCCAACUUUUUGGCAUAAAUUAGCUGAAUUAAAAAUUGAUUUUGAUCGACUAUCGGACGCACCAAAAUCCAUUUAUGGCUACUACACAAAUCGUAAUACCAAGGCGUGUCUUUUAGAGGUCGAAUACAGCGCAUUUAAUAGCGAGUUCAAAGCACCAAAAUUUUGUUACCCCGCUGUUGGAACACUUUAUAAUAAAAAUACUAUUGAAGAUUUUAAAGAAUGUGAUAAAAGUGAAUUGCUACAGAAGGAAGGAAGAAAAUUAUUAGCUGAUUUUAAAAAUGGUAAAGUGUUGGAUGAUCCCAGUUACUUGUCAAGAUUUUUUAUACUUUCAUUUGCGGAUUUAAAGUGCCAUAAUUACUACUAUUGGUUUGCUUUUCCAUGUCCUCUUACACCCACUUUAGGUGUUAUUGGUGAACCAAGCAUAUUUAAAAAUAUUUCCGAAAUACAACAUUUUACGAGUGUUAUAAAAUCCAUGCCAAUAGAAAGUCAAAAUUAUUUUGUGAUUAAAUCAAAUAAAAGUACAACCGUUCACACACUUAAAGAAGUGAUUAGAGAAAUUGAAUCCAAAGAUAUAGAAAUAGUAGAUUAUUACUUCUGCUUUGCCAAUAACAACGAAUUUCAACAUCCGUCAUGGCAUAUGCGUACCUAUGCCGCAUUCAUAUUUCAUCAAUGUCUUCAAUUAAUUGGGAAAGAAGUCAAGUUCCUUGGUUUACGCUAUGAUAAUCAAAUGGAAAUUGAAAAUAGUUUAAUAUGGACUGUAGUACAAAAAGAACCAAUUGAUUUUAGUAAUGAUGAAACAGUACAAUUUGUUGGUUGGGAACCAAAUCGCAACAAUAAAAUGGGUCCCCGUAUGGUCUCAAUGAAAGAUUCUAUGGAUCCCACCAAGUUAGCUGAA